AUGCUUCUUCCAUCCGCUCUUCCAUGCGAUGUACGCCGGUCGUCUCGCUUCACCCCCAGUCGCUUAUUUGCGACUCCCCCUCCAUCCGACGCUGGUUACGCCGCAGGCAACGGCCUGCUCGGCACCUGUCGCGCCCUCCAAUCACUACUCAAUGGAUCUCCCUCACCCACAUCGCGUCAAUCCAAUGCCAAGCGCCUCCAAAGCCCACUACCAAUCAACACACCUCGUCGCUCACCGCGAUCGCACAAGGCCGCGCGCCCCGUCUCACCAAGACAAACACCACCACCCAGAACCGCCGCUCUCACACCUCCUCCUCCCCCAUCAGCACCAGCCCGCGGCGCAAACAAGCGCCGCCGCGACGUGGAUGACGACAGCGACAUGGAAAUAAGUCGCGAUCACUUCGCGACUCCCAAACGUCGCCGCCACGUCCCUUACGAGCUGCCUCUCGGACUUGCGCCGACCGAUUUCUACUCUCUACACUCGCCCCCAGUCACACAGUCUCCUCCCUCUCCUGCUCGCCGUAUGGCGUUCCAAUUUGGCCCUGCCAUUGACCCAGACGCCCCUCUACCUUCUAUCGAAGUGACGGAGGAGCCUACCCCCGCCCAGGAUUCCUGGUCAUCCGAAGAAGACCAGCACCUCAUCAAGUUGGUUCUCGAAAAGGCCAACCUCUCCCAGACCCAAUGGGACGAGUGCGCGCGCCAAAUGGGCCGCACUCACGUCGGCUCCAGAUGGCAAUCCCUCGUUAGCGAGGGCCGUGUCGGUCUGCGCCGGCAGUGA